AUGGCCGCCAGCGGGCGGAGCUCAAAGCCCGGCGGACCGCGGUCCGACUCUUCUGCCUGGAACUCGCUCAACACUGUGCUGCUGCUUGGCGCAGUGCUGCUGCUGCUUCGCCAGCAGUGGCAGUCGGCAGAGAAGGCGGGCACACGGGUCACGCUCCCUCCGCGCGUCGGGCUCUGGCCGCCCCCGCCCGAGUACGUGGCAGACGGCGGCGGCGGCGGCACGGCGGCGGCAGAGGCGGCGAGCGCGGCGGCGGCGGUGGCGGCGGCGCGCUCCGAGGCGGAGCGGGAGCGGCAGGCGGCGGCCAAGCUCGGGGCGGAGCUGGCUCGCCUCCGGGCGGCCUCACGCACAGCAGCUGGCGGCGGCGGCUCGGCGGCGGCGCGUGGCGGCGGUGCGGGCUCGGUCGUGGCUGCGGACGACGUGACGAGGCUGCGGCGGAUGUGGCGGCACCCUCCCGUAAGCCACAAGGAGUCGUGGAAGGAGGUGCACCGCGACUGGUGGCCGCUGCUCGACGCGAGACAGCUCUCUCGCGGCGUCGCCGUCGCAGGCGAGCCGGCGCGGCUCGAGCGGCGGGGCCGAGGACGCUCGGGCCUCCACAGCUUCAGGUGCCCCGCCUACAUGGAGCAUUGCUUCAACUGGCGCCCCUCCCGCCCCCCGAGCCGGCCGCCUGCUCGGCCGACGCCUGCUUUGCCCUCUUCACACAGGCCCUUCCUCUCCUCACGCCCUGCGCAGGACGCUGCGUCCUUCGAGCGGCUCCUCCGGCAGCUGCUCAAGCUGCCCGGCGCACCCGCGGUGCUGCUGCUCAACACGCUCGAGCUGAUGGUCCACCCCGCCAGCUGGGGGGCAAACGUGCAGCGCAUCUUCUUCUCGGGCUGCGACGGGUACGGCUGCCUCAAGGCGCCCCCUUGGGCAGACUCGAACGACCUCGCCUUCCCGUACGAGGCCAAGGCGGAGGACGCCAUCGUGCGGCUCGCCGGCUACUACGGCAGCGCCACCGCGCCAAGCUACGCAGGCGGCGCGCGGGGCCGCGUGCCCUCCGUCUCGCUGCGCGGCGCCCUCUACAGCGAGCUCAAGUCGAACUCGACCCGCUGGCCGCUCAAGCAGCUCUUCCACGACCGGCACCACCCCGCGGCGUGGGGGCGCUCCUCCUCCCCCCCGCGGCGCACUUGGCACUCCCUCAUGGCGCAGCUCGUCAUCGACCGGAUCCGAGCCGCGCUCGACGCCGUCGCCGCCCGCCGCAGCGCCGGGUCGCGCCCGCAGAGCGCGCCGGUCGGGCUCUGCCUCAAGGGCGACGAGCUAACGCGCGCGAUGCUCAACUCGUCGACCUUUGCGUACCGCGUCGAGGGCACCGACGCGAAGAUGAAGCCGGGCAUCAUCGGCACCGCGCCGGGCGAGCACGCCGAGUUCUGCAUCGACGUCGACCGGCUGGGCAGGGGGGAGCGCUUCACGGUCCUGCUCGGCCACCUCGUCUCGUACGAGCACAUGGGCAUCGCCCGCGUCACUUGCGAAGGCGCGACGCCUCCUCACCACCUCGCCGGCGCGGCGAGAGGCGAAUGCUCAUGCCCGGCCGAGGAGGUCGACGCCUUCGUCAAGGGCGGCCAGUUCUCCGUCUUCAAGGCGAAGGUGCUCGAGCUCGCGCGCGCCAGGGCGCCCGCCGCGAAGCCGCCGCCGCGUGCGGGCUGCGGCUGCCAGCUCCGGCUCGAGAUCCUGCCAAAGUCGGGCUCGGGCGAGUUCAAGUUCAAGGAGCCCCCUCUCAAGGGGGGCGAGGGGCCCGCUGGCUGA